UCAAUUCCAUGUAUUUCCCGAGCAACGGACCAUAAUCCUCCAAUCGCCAUGGAACCUCAUCGAAGACUUCUCUCUCUGAAAAAUCGUCUAUUGAUUCUGUUAAUAAUCUCUAGUUUAAUUGUGAAUCCUUCUUCCGGACGUUCCAUUCAUGGCGGCGGAUCUGAGAAAGAGAAAGUAACCUUAGAGAUAUACUAUGAGAGCUUGUGUCCCUACUGCUCCAAUUUGAUCGUGAACUAUCUCUAUAAGCUGUUUGAUACUGGAAUCAUAGCUAUAACCCAGCUUAAGCUCAUCCCUUAUGGCAACGCCAAAAUUCGAGCUAAUGGCACCAUCACUUGUCAGCAUGGCCAAUAUGAAUGUUUACUCAACACUGUGGAGGCAUGUGCAAUUGAUGUCUGGCCUGAUUUGAGUGAGCACUUUCCAUUUAUCUACUGCAUUGAAAGUCUGGUUUACCAAGGAAACUAUACUCAAUGGGAAACAUGUUUUGAGAAAUUGGGUUUGGAUCCUUAUCCCGUGGCUAAUUGUUAUAACAGUGGACGUGGAAAAGAGCUUGAACUAGGAUAUGCUGCAGAAACAAACAAUCUUAAACCACCUCAUCGAUACGUGCCAUGGGUAGUUGUGGACGGUCAGCCACUUUAUGAUGACUAUCGGAACUUCAUAAGCUACAUCUGCAAGGCAUACCAUGGAACUUCUGUGCCCUCUGCUUGUAGCGAAUAUUCAGUUGGAGGCAUUCUGGCGUCUCUGCUAUACAGAACAAACAACCUAGUGAAAGUUAUCUCGCAGAAUAUUGGAUAUAACAUCAUGUGAUAAAAUAUAUUUGGUUGCUUCAAUCAUAAAAGUAUUUGGUUUCUAUGCUUUCUAAGUUAGUUUUCCUUGUUCGCAGAUAUAUGUAAUAGUAAGGCGAAACUGGUUUUAUUAAGGUUUUCAGCUGGUUCUUUGAGACACUAGGUCACUUGUAUUAACACAUUGUAAUAAGUGUACUUUGUCGUGAAAAGGAGUUGAGCGUGCCUCUCAAGGCUGUCAUUUCUGUAGUCAAAAUCAUUUUUCUUCA